AUGGCAACAAUUCCAUUCCCUGCGAGGUUCUUCGCCAUCUUCAACUCUUAUCGUGGCCCCGCCUCCUUAUUAGGCAACCUGUGGCGACUCAUCAAAAGCCCGGCUAAGGCCACCCAAAUUCUGCGAGGCCUGCUGCAAGGGCUAAUGACCAGACACCUGUUCAGGAGAGCCCGGAAGCGCGGUUUGAACUGGCUUGAGCUCCACACCCACUUCCAUUGGCUGCUCAUCGACCACUCCGACCCGAGAUCUCUGCACACGCCAAUCUUCCUUGCGUGGCCCUUGUGA